AUGGCAAUGGUACCUCGUAAAGCAAUUGUGGUUGGAAUUAGUGGAUGUUCGAGCAGUGGCAAGACGACUCUCAGCCGUCUUCUGAGAGAUAUCUUUCCCAACACCUUUGUUCUUCAUGAAGAUGAUUUCUACAGACCAGAGAUAGAACUCCCCAAGAAACAUGACCUCCUAGAUUGGGACUGCGCAGAAUCCCUAGAUAUCCCCGCAAUGGUCAAAUCACUUGAGCACAUCCGCCGAGAUGGGACGUUUCCGCCAGAUCUGGACUCCAAAGAGGACCAAAACUCACUUGGCAAAUGUCCUGUGCCGGAUACCACCAUCGAGGCCCUGAAAGCUCGUGUAAAGAGGUGGGCAGAAGCGGGACAUCCAGGCUAUGGCAUCCUAAACUCCUCACCAACUCCCAUCCGCCUGUGCAUCUUCGACGGCUUUCUCCUGUACUCCAAAUCCAUGGAGCCGAUCCAAGCCAAGAUGGACAUCAAGUUAUUCCUGCGCGUUAGCCACGCCAAAGCGAAAGCCCGGAGAGAGGCCCGUAGUGGAUAUGUGACUCUCGAAGGGUUCUGGGCAGAUCCGCCUGGGUAUGUUGACAAGAUCGUAUGGCCGAAUUAUGUCGAGGACCAUGCAUGGAUGUUUGAAAAUGGGGACGUGGAGGGGGAGCUGAAGGAGAAGGUUGUGAGGGAGUGGGAUAUCAGGUCUCACGAAGGAGGUGUGGACGUGGAUAUGACGACGACGUUGCAAUGGGCAGUUGACACGCUUAUGGAACAACUGCCUGUUAUUGCGAAGAGCGCAUGA